GUGCCGGGGGUGUGGCGGAAGCCGGAAGCCGGAAGUGCGGCUGGCGCAGGAGCCCAGCAUGGAAGAAUUUAAAGCUGCAAGCCCACUUGAGGAGUCCCUGAAUCACCUGAAGCUGUCGGAUCAGAAGGCUCCAGAGACUGGCCCCAGAGAUGCCCAGCACCCCCAGAGCCUGGGCAGUGGCUGUGCCCCCUCCUCAGGCCAGGACCCCACAGAGGAGUGUUUCCAUGACUGUCAGGACUCCUUUGGGGCCAAAGGAGCUGUGCUGGAUGAUGAAGGCAACGUUCAGGAUGACGGGAGUAGCUCCAGGAAGCAGACAGAGCUAGAGGAAGAAUACUUGCUAGAACUAGAGAAAGAUAUGCCAGAGGAGGAGAAACAGAAAAGAAGAAAGGAGAGCACGGGGCUCAAGGAGAAAGGAAAUGAGCACUUCAAGAAAGGAGACUAUGGAGAGGCAGAAGACUCCUACACCAAGGCUCUGCAGAUCUGCCCAGCCUGCUUCCAGAAGGACAGGGCUGUUCUGUUCUCAAACAGAGCUGCUGCAAAAAUGAAACAGGACAAGACAGAGGCUGCCCUGAGUGACUGCACCAAAGCUGUGGAAUUAGACCCUCACUAUGUCAGAGCUUUGCUGAGGAGAGCAGAACUGUAUGAAAAAACAGAAAAAUUAGAUGAAGCUCUGGAAGAUUAUAAGGCAGUCCUAGAAAAAGACCCCUCAAUUCAUCAAGCCAGAGAAGCUUGCAUGAGAUUACCACAGCAAAUUGAGGAGAGGAAUGAAAAAUUAAAGAAAGAAAUGUUGGGCAAACUGAAGGAUCUGGGCAAUUUGGUGCUGCGUCCCUUUGGCCUGUCAACAGAGAACUUCCAGAUCAAACAGGAUUCAUCAACUGGCUCCUACUCCAUCAACUUUGUUCAAAACCCCAACAACAACAGAUAACAUGGAUUCAGUGUGGCUCUGCACAUCCCGUGCCAGGAUCCAGCAAACCAACACCAUCCACCCCCAGGGCAAGAGGAGACUCAGCACACUCAUUUCCCAGCUUGUGAAAUUAUUUGCAAUGUGGAUGUAAAGCAACUCAUUCAACUUCUCAUAGUGAUAA